AUGGCUUCAGUCGUUAGUGAUAGCGAAGAUAUUGAAAUAACCUUUGCUGAAAACAAAAGUACUGAAGUCACUACUGCUGAAAGUGCUGAAACAACUCCUGCUAACAAGAAGCGUCUUUAA